AUCUGCUUCAUCAUUCAAUCUAAGAAUAUAAACACUGUGCAAUGACGAGGUUAGAGGAGGGGGGUGGCACAGAUCACAGCACAGCCUGAGCACUGGGCUGCCUGAGAAGCUGCAGCAGGACCAACCAAAGCUGCCUUCUGCAUGUCUACAAGGGGUCCCCUGCAUCCUGGAUCCUGCUCCCUCCUAGCCAUCAGCAAAGCCCUUCACUACUUUCACCUUUGCAAUCCACAAAGCCUUUGAAGCAUUCUUCUGUUUGUUAAUAUUGUGCUUUCUGCCCGAGUUUUCAUUCUGGAGAAGUUGCAGAAAAUGAGUCACAAUAUUUGGUCACAGACUGUAUGCAAGACCUAAAAGGCUGCAGGAGCAAAGAUCGGAGCUAGCUCCAGGCAGACCUGGGAUUCUUCUUUGGAUUUGCUCUUCUUCCCCUCUAAGUUGGAGCUCUGCUGGCUGGAUGUGUGACAUGAUCGCUGGGCAGCCGGCUCAGAAGCUGAGCAAGAUGAAAAAGUUAAGGAGAACUUUGUCAGAGAGCUUCAGCAGGAUAGCCCUGAAGAAGGAUGAGAACACCAUCGACGAGAUAUGUGUCACGAAGAUGUCUACACGCAACUGCCAGGGAAUGGACUCGGUGAUCAAACAUUUGGACACCAUCCCUGAGGACAAGAAAGUGCGUGUUCAGAGGACUCAGAGCAGCUUCGACCCCUUCGAAAAAGCAGCAAACCAGCCAACGAGUCCUAAAUUCGGAAAAGCCGACUCGUAUGAAAAACUGGAAAAACUAGGAGAGGGCUCUUAUGCCACAGUGUAUAAAGGCAAAAGCAAAGUAAAUGGAAAGCUUGUGGCACUGAAGGUGAUAAGAUUACAAGAAGAGGAGGGAACACCAUUUACUGCAAUCAGGGAAGCUUCACUGCUAAAAGGACUGAAACACGCCAACAUCGUACUACUGCAUGAUAUCAUCCACACCAAGGAAACACUAACCCUGGUCUUUGAGUAUGUGCACACAGAUUUAUGUCAGUACAUGGAUAAACACCCUGGAGGGUUGCUUCCUGACAACGUGAAGUUGUUUUUAUUUCAGCUGCUGCGAGGACUCUCCUACAUUCACCAAGGCCACAUUUUGCACAGAGACCUGAAACCACAGAACCUGCUGAUCAGCGAUACAGGGGAGCUGAAGCUGGCCGACUUUGGUCUUGCUCGAGCCAAAUCAAUCCCCAGCCACACCUACUCAAAUGAGGUAGUAACUCUUUGGUACAGGCCUCCGGACGUGCUGUUGGGUUCCACAGAAUACUCCACCUGCCUAGACAUGUGGGGUGUGGGCUGCAUAUUUGUAGAAAUGAUCCAGGGUGCAGCUGCUUUUCCAGGAAUGAAAGACAUACAGGACCAACUGGAACGAAUAUUUCUGAUCCUUGGAACACCUAAUGAUGACACAUGGCCGAGUGUCAGUUCUUUACCACAUUUCAAGACAGAAAGGUUUACACAGUACGGCCCUAAGAAUCUCCGGCAAGCUUUUAAUAAGCUGAGCUACAUCAAUCAUGCCGAAGAUCUUGCCUCCAAAUUGCUCCAGUGUUUCCCCAAAAAUAGGCUAUCUGCACAGGCUGCUUUGAAUCACGACUACUUCAGUGACCUUCCUCCACGGCUCUGGGAGCUGAGCGAUAUGUCUUCCAUUUUUACUGUACCGAAUGUGAAGUUGCAGCCAGAAGCUGGAGAGAGCCUGCGAGUGUUUGGGAAAAACAAUAGUUUCAGCAAAAGUCUCUCCAACAAGCACUGCUGAUGCAUUGCCAUAUGUGUAGAAGCCGGGAUAAGACCUCAAUCAUCGGAGAAUGGAAAUAAUUGAAUUUAAGAUGUUUGCCUUAUGGAACGGAACCUUUUGGAGGUUGAUCAGCAUUCUGUUGAUGUGAAUUGAGAAUCGAGAAUUCGACAAGAAACUGUUUUCACCCAAUAAUUUGCUUCAAGCCUUGCACGCAAUUUGCUACCUUGUGAUUUAUAUGAAGAUUAAAAUGUAAUAUCUAGACAGCAUAUUUUUAUUCUUAAUUUUGCCUCCCCCCCCCCAGUUCCGUUCCUUUAUCUACAGUAGAACACAUAUGCUAAUUGGAAUCCUUGCCAGUUCUCCGUUCUAGAACUCAAUGCAUACCUUUAAUUUGACCGUUGAGUCGCAGGACUUUUCACAUAAGAAAGAAAACAAAAAAAAAGAGAUCUUGUCAUCUCGCCAUAAACGUUAGAAGCCACCAUUUCAUUUUGGAUCAAUGGUCAAAUGCUCACCAACCGAACUUUUGACAUUGCCGAAUAACAAAGGCCAUGUUUGAUAGGUAGCAAUAUUUUGUUGAA